CUUUAUUGCAUGGUUGGCUUUUCAAAGAAAAAUGGAUUGCCGCUCAUUUCAUCGCAUACGGAUAUGAUCAAACGCAAACUUCCGGCAUAUCACUAUAACGAUCAUGAUCGUUAUUCUUCCGCAUUUGAGGAUCCAUCCCGCAGCAAAAACCACAACAGCCACAGCCACAGCCACAGCCACAGCAGCAAGAACCGAUUACGAUUACAGCAAGCGGAAGACGAAGGAGGGCAUAGUACUCUUGUCGAUGAACUACCGCCAUACACGUGUACAGUUUAUAAAAUGGGCUAUGUGAAAAUAAAGCAAGAAACUGGUAGUCAACCGCCGUCAUCCAGUCGAAUUCGAUGGAGAAAGUUUUAUAUACGAUUAUGGGGCACGGCAUUAUACAUGUAUAAGAACAAGGAUGAAACGAAACCAGUAUAUACCCUCUCAAUGCAACGCGUAGAAGCGGGGCUGGCCCCCGAGUUUCAUAAGAAGCCAAGCGUGCUUCGUCUCAGAGCUGCUACUACGGGCGAUCAGUUUUUGAUGCGGUUGAUGAAUACUACGGAUAUGGUCUCUUGGAUCGAGCAUUUGCAAGCAGCGGCCAAUAUCAGCCUUGAUCUCGAUACUAGGAAGAUGCCCCGUUUUGUUACAAUGACUCGACCGAACAAUCAAUCAACAACAACAGCGAAUCUGACGUUGAGCAUGGGCAACAGAACAGUGGUGACAGUGUGUCGCUAUGAAGGAAGGGUGCGCCUCCACCAUUGUCGAAAUAAUGGAUAAAAUAUAGGAUAGGCGAAUUUUGUUAGCGAAUGUACAUAUUUCAAUGAUACCUACUGCUACAAGUACUUCUUUAUGUGACUCUUGGUAUAAAGUACAUAUUUCUUUCUUGCAAGAGGAAAGGCG